AUGGGCUCUAAGUACUUGCCUAAUCCAUGUUUACUAGGCAUUCUACUUACAGUCGCAACUCAUGAUGGGCCACAGUUAGUAUUUCACUACCCGCCUGUUCCGAAAGAGUAUGGGUUUCAUGCGACCCCUCUGGGCAAAGAUCUCGGAGAUGAUAACGUCAAAGAAUAUUAUUCUUCGUCUUCCAGUGGUGAAGACGACGGAGAUAUUUAUGAUCAGAGUGAUGUAGAUGAUGACACAGACAGCCAUGAUUUUACUAACACUUCCUCAAUGAGUUCGAAUCGGUGGAGCGGAGUAAGUGGAAGUGAUAUGACUAGCUCUGUUUCUCCUAACAAUAAUUACAUUUCCGGAAAGGCACUUUUGGACAUUCUGGAUGCUAAGGACAGAAGACGGAAAAGAAAAGAAAAGAAGCGGAGGGUUUUAAUGAAGCAUUUAUUAGCUGGUGGGAAUGACAGCAGUAGUGUAAGCGUUGACGAUCGGAGCGUUAAAACAGGCAAUAAUAGUGUCGUCAAUUCAGGAAAAAGCGUUCUGCAGGAAGAAUCGUCAUCAUAUGGCGUCGGAAGCGGUUUCUUGACUCAUCCAGAUCAAACCAACAAAGUUUUUGGGUUUGAUAUCAAUUUCUUGAGUGAGAUUGUAACACCUCCGAAGAAACUAUGCAAUACCCGAUUUGAAUUAACUGUUGAUGAGAUGGUCUUCCUUGGUUUACCGAUUCAUCCGAAGAGCAGUCGAUAUAAGAAAAGUGACAGAAACAGUCAUUCUCACCAUUCUCAUUCACAUCAUUCUAGAGCCACUUCGCUGGACGAGGACGAGUUCGAAGUGAAACCGCUGUUAGAUUCCUUAAAUGACCUUCAUUUUAUAGAGUCAGAGAAAUGCCCAAUGCACAUGUUCAAUCUUGUUUUUGUCAUGAACCCUCCAGUUGUUGAGUACAACCAUCGUGUAGAUGAGAUGUUUCAUUACGUGAUUAGUAGAUUGUGUUUACUACUGAGAUAUGAGCAAGAUAAACACAAUUUUGUUUGGAAAGAAGCGCUGAAUAUAAUGAAACUAAAAGAGGAAACAGCAGGAUUGGAUAUUGUUAGUCAGUGGCGUGACAUCAUUCCUCAGUCAGAUUUGGCAAAACUGAUGAGAGACACGUUUGAAUCCGUUUCCAAUGCCAGGAUUGUUAAUUUGACCAUAAACAACAAGUUGAGGUCUUUUCAAAUUCCCAUAAAGACUGAGUUUCACACUCUGCCCAAAGAGAAAGUGAUUCCAGGUUCAACAUUAUCUUCAAUCUCACCGUUUACCAAGGAUGAUUCGGAUGAAGUGGAUUUCAAGAACAUCGUGAAUAGUGACGAGAAUUUAGCAUUCUUUACAAUCUUACUCCUUGAUGACCCUGAAGUCAUCAUUCGGGAUAUUCAAGUUGCAAAGGAAAGUGUUAUUGCUAGAUUCAUCAGAUUGAUUAGACCCACCAAAAGUAUGAGUAGAUUGGCGACUACCAGUGGAUUGGACCUUGCUCAGAUCAAAGCAUUUGCCUGUCAUCUAGUUUAUUGGAGACGUGCUAAGAUAAUCCCUGCGAUAAAUACUAGGAACAUAUACGUGAUAUCAGCAUUGGCACCUUUGGAUCGAUUGGAAGUUCACAGCAUGGAAUUUCGAACCAAGUUUCCAUCUCUACCCGUUCUGUCGAAGUUCCUAUCACUGCUAUCAACAUCUUCAAACAAGCCAAAACAAAUAAGCCGUUUUAUUCCUAGUAAGGACCAUCGAGAUCUUUACCUGGAUGCAGUCUCGUGGCUGCUAAAAAAGGGAUACAUUCUUCAACUUCAUACCUUUCUUUUCCUUAUUAUCAGCAAAGAGAUCAAGAUGAGCGUGGAGGAAGAAUUGGAGCGAGAAGGUUACAAAGGUUUUGGCAAUAAUACACAAUCAAUAGCAAGGCCAAAGACAACCGAAACGGACGAGAAACUUGAAAAUGCCAGCGUGACGACUGACAAAGUAAGCACGACCUCUAAUGAUAAAGAAACGACUGAUAACACAUUUAAAAAGGAUGCCAGCAAGACAUCCUCCAGUCUUAAGGUUGAUUCGCAGCCCUCCAGCAAACAAAUCAGAAUUAUCCUAGAAGAUGACGAUAAUGAAGACACAAUACUAACAGAUCCUCUUCGAACCACCUUCAUUGAAAGACGUUGGAUCCAUAAAUGCGUUGAGGGAAAAUCGCCAGAAGUCAUAACACUUUUUUACAAGCUCCUACGUUACAUGGACGGAAAAAACGCCCUCGAGAUUUUCAUGCAAAAAGCUAAGGUAUCAAGACAAGAUCUUAAAAGUCUGUUGACAGAAGUUGGGGAACACAUAGUGGUAGUUAGACAUUGGUAA